GAUUAUACACGGAGUUAUUCUAACUGUGCGGUAGGCUGUGGUUCGCGUAUUACGUGUAUGCUUUCGGAAUUUCGAGUGUAAUUAAUUAUUUUUCAUUCUAAAUAUUUGUACGUAUAUUUACGUAUAUUUAAUAAAUUAAAAAUCCGUCGUCGACGUGUAUGUAAUUUUUGCUCGCGAAUGUGAAUCGUAUACGACAAUGUGGUGUAGUUCUCUUCGGCAAUAGUGCAGUAGUAUUUGUAUUAAUGUGUAAUAUCAACCAGUGCCAUACACAUAUGUUCCUUUCGUUUUUUUCAUUCACCUGUAUCUUUUUAUGAAUUUCGUAUAGUAUACGGUUUGUUUUCGUAAUGUGAUUAGUUCUGUGUCGGAAAUUAAGUUAUAAUAUCGUAGAAUAAGUGUAUGUACGAGUAUUUAUGCCUGAAGCCUAUGCGAAGUGCGAAUGAAAUAUCACGCAAUCCGGUAAAUGUAUCGUGAAGUGUUUUUCGCCCAAUUGGAUACGCAAAGCGGUCGAAAAAUUAUUCCUUCGAUUGACACGAUCGAAUUAUCGUCGCGAAGCGGACCAUGAUGGCGCCUAAUAAUACCAUCAACGAGAGACCAGAAGCUCAUACGCAGUUACUUAUUUCAAUUUCAAGCGAAGAUGAGCAAACAAUGCCCAACACUAAUCAAGAUUUAUCCGAUAAGACACCGAAUACGAACAGCCAAUGCUCCAGUAUGUCCGAUGGUGAAAGUUACGAAUGCUAUGGAGAAGGCGAAAUAGAUUCUCCUCCUGUUAACCAAUUACCUAGAGUCGAGGUGUCCGGUGUCAAUAAUCUGUCUGAAAUUAAACGAAACAGUUGGCUACGUACGAGUUUAAGAAGAUCUACGUCGAAGCAAAACGAUAACAUCGCGAUUCGAAAAUGGGGUUCGUUCAGGCAACCGUCUGGCAAAAGACUUGGCUCGAACGCUUUGGCCAGUCAGUUAUAUCGCAGCUCGAGUUUCAAUUCCUCUGGUCGAAGUUCAGCCUGUGACACGACGGACGAUGUGUAUUCGGAUGCUUCGUUGGAAGAAGAUGUAUUGGAUCUCAAUCAUAAAGUUCAAAUGCUACAACAGCAGAUGAAUGUUUUAGCUGAUAAUCAGACUCAUUCGGAUGAACGUUACACCCGUGCCAAACAAGAAAAUGCCACUUUACAAGCCAGGAUAUUAAUUUUAGAAGAACAACUUCGCGAAGUGGAGCUCAGAUCGGAAGAAAAAUUGGUCGAAGAAGAGAAACGACACAGAGAAUUGGUUGCCAGAGUCGACAGGGAGAAGCAGUUGCAAGUGGAAAAUUGUGCCAUCAGGUUGCAAACAUUAGAAUUGGCGAAUACGAACCUAAAAGAAGAAACUUCGAGGUAUAAAAACGAACUAGAACUACAACGAAAAGAGAAAGAAAGACUGAAAGACCAUUUAGAGGAAUCUCAAACGAUAAUCGCAUCGCUUAAAGACGAACUGCAAACACUUCGAGAGCAAGAGAAACGUCACAGAGAGCAGAAAAUCAUCGCCGAGCAGUUGUUGGAGGAUUUAGGAAGAGAAAUGGAAACUUUGAGGAAUGAUAAAAUCUCAGCCUUAACAGCGUUGCAAAACUGUAAAGAAUUUCCAUCUCAGACAGAAACCGAAUUGCAAAUUCAGUUAGAUUCUUUGAAACAAGAACAUAGAAACUUACAAGAAUCUUACGAAGAAAUGCAAGCGAUGUUGUUAACACGAAGCAUACAAGAAGGUCGUUCGUUAUUAACUGAUUCGAAUAACUUGGCCGCCGAGUUGGAAGAAAUGACUCAAGAUGAUCAUGGCGCUUUAGUAAAUCGAAAAGAUAAGAAAGAGAUGAAAACCGCUUUAAAAGAGCAACAAGAAGUGAACGCUCAAUUACGAGCUUACAUCGAUAAUAUUUUACUCAACAUCGUUGAAAAUUACCCGCAACUUUUAGAAGUGAAAAGUUCACCUCUAUGAUGAUGUAUGUAGGUUUAUAGUAGUUGAAAAAACCUAAAUAACCUAUCAAACAGUAUUGCCAAUCGUUUGCGAUAAGAAUUUAUUACCUAUUCGCGACUUGUAAAGUACUUAUAUAUUAUAUUAUAUACUGUAUUGUUUCUGUUGUUUUUUUUUUUAAAUUGCGAAUUAAUAUGCUUAUUAUAUAGUGUUUGUUCGUGUUACUUAAUAAUAAUAUGUUUAUUUACCCCAAAUUGUAACGCAAUCCAAUGGAAUACAAUUAACUGUGAUUUUUAUGUACGAAAUUAUAGUCAUCUCGAUGUACUACUACUAUGUUUUUGUUACGUGAAUUGUAUUUUACCUCAUACCUGUACCAAUUUACUACAUAUAUUUAUCCGAGAGCUUAUAAUAUGGUGUAUCUGUAUCUACAUACCAGUGAUACGAGAAAAAAAUUGUAAAAUUUAUAGAUAAUUAUUUUUUUGAUUCGAAAUUUUGAUAUUUUACUUAUCAUUUUCAUCAAGUUAUAAUACGAUUUUUUAAAUAAGGCUGUGAAAAUUAAUGAUUUGUGUAUGUUGCAAUUUAUAUAUCGUAUGUAAAUUACUCUCUCGUGUCUUAUUACUUGUUUGCCAAUUUUGAAUUUUUUUUGUAAUACUUUAAGUUUAUUUUGUUUAAACGUAUCGAGCCUGUGUGGUCGAAUAAAUAAGAUAUUAUGUUGUUUCAAUA